GGAAAAGAAAUAAAUGAAGGGGAAAACGGAGUCAAAGGCUGGCACUACAGAGCAGACGAGAUGAGGAUCCUUGUGUUCCUCACAAUCGGCUCAUUGAGCUCACAGUUCGCACGACACGAUGGAGCGCAAGGGGAAGGUCAGAUGGACCAGCAGCCGGCAGCACAGCGGAGGGAAGGAAAGAACCCAUGCUCACGGUUCACACACACAUCCUGGAAGGCACUGAAGGGCCUCGUUUAUUGCGUUGUUAUUACUCAAUUGGCUAGAGCAUUAGCCAAAACUGUGGUUGUGGUUCCUCCCGCCUGUAGAGGCUUAAAAAAUUGCAUCAACAGCUGCAAGUAUGCCGGAGAAAUAAAUAAACACUUCAACGGCGAAUGGCGAGCUUCACGGGAUCCAGCUGAGUGGCUGGGAACCCAAAGCGUUCAAUCAUAGAGGGAAAUGGAG